GAACAAGGAAUGUACUGAAGCUCAGUGGCUUUUGAGACCGCAUCUUAACAGCACGCGUUUUCUGCAGAGCAGAGUUACAACGCGCGACUACCUUAAAAAAUUGCUGAGAUCUCCCAUGAAAGAUUUCAACACUGAAGCCUUCGGCGAAAAUAAAUACAUGGAAAUUAACCUCCCGCGGUUUUGUGCCGGCUUUUCAACCGUUUAUGCCAUCAGUGAAACACAGUGUUCAGCGCGUGAACCAAAAUCGCUGCUCUAAACUAAGUUGGAGGAAAAAGCAAGAAAAAUUUCCUCCAUUUUGCAGACCAAAUACGGUAUCAAGUGAAAACUUCCAGAAAAGUAUUUUCUGAACUAGUGAACGAAUACUGUGACCUUGUCCAGUGCAACAUCUAUUGUUCGGUAUCAAUAAAGGCGAGAAUAAAAAGUGUUUACUUUGAUUUGGAGAAAAAAAAAGAACAGUGAACAGUGCAAAAGCGUUCAGAAAAAAAAAACAAGGGAAUUACAGAAAGGGCGCGCGAGAAGAUCUAAACAGAAGCUGGUUGUGGCGAGAGUGUCAUGCCGGUAAGAAAACCAUCGUCCAGUAGUAGAUCAUUCUCGAGAGUUACGACCAAUACUAGGACACCGGUGAGAACGAUCAGUUGCAGUGUUAAAGUGAAAAAAAUCAAGACGACAAAGAAAACGCAGUUGGCUCACAACAAAAACUUUCUAUCACCAGUGAUACAAGAGAACAAUAGCCUACUACUACGACGACGUUUGCCGAAUUGUGGAGCAGCAAAGCAAGUUCGAACAAAAGCUCGAAUAUCGGCAAACAACGGUAGUUCUAACUGUACAAUAAUACGAUCGUCCUCCUCUGGUAGUCGAAUUAAGUGACUCGAUCGCAUCCGGGCUAUCCGGAGUGUCCAGUGUUUUAAGUUUGAGCCCCAGUGAAAACUGUGUGCAAAUCUCCUCAGGAACCGCCCUUUUCCCCACUCAGCAAAGCUAGAAGAAGGGAAGAGUGUUUAAAACGACGGACGAGGAUUAGUGAUCUAAGGAAGCCACCAAGCAGUAGCAGUAGCUUCAAUAAGGAUCCACACUCAGUGUUGAAGUCUAUUAUUCAGCAGGCAGAAGGAUAAGCAGUGCUGAGGACAAGAAGGACAUACGCUUGCUAGCUGUUACCUACGUCGAAUAGAGGAGGUAGCACAUUCAUCGGAUUGUGAUAUAAGGAAACCUAAAAGGAAGUGCUGCGAGCAGUUUUAGUCAUUAAGGAAAAGAAGUUAGACGCUUAUACAGGUUAAGUUAGAAAGAAAGAAAACCAAAAUGGUUCCAGUUAAGCAGGAAGGAUCCGGUUGGGAAGAUACCAAGAUGAUUUCUAUGAAACAAGAAAUGCCCAACUGGGAAGAUACCAAUAAUAUCGACAUUGACUGGGAUCAAGAUUUCCACUUCCAGUUGAUAGAUAUGCCCACAUCGGAAUUUUUAACCAGUGCAGCUGAACUCGAACAGACCUACGGUGGUCCGACCUGCUCUGUCAGCGUUUGGGACCAACUGGACUCGCCAAAGCUACAGAUCCGUAACCACGAUUGUAUGUGGUCCGGUACAUGCUUUGAUCAGUCACAUCCUGGUAAGGUGGGCUGCGGAACGAAUCACGAAACGACAAGCACAACCCAUACAGAAAAUCAAUCGGUAGUAACAAACAAAUUCAACACCGUAACGGCAGUGGCUGCAGCUAGCUUAAACAGCAACGUAGCCGCCACACAGAAACCGAUCCUAACACCUUCGAAUACCUCGGCUCUGAACAUCAAUAACAAUAUUACACCAAAAAUCGCCACAUUCAAAACACAAACAGCUCAGAUACCCGCAGGACGGUCACUAUUAAUCAAUCCACGCAUCAAGCAGCAACAACAGCAGGUGAACAGAAUACCCACGGUUUCGACGACGGAUUUCCUGCGGGAUCGGGAAACUACGGUACCAUUGCACACCCGCCCAGACACGCCACUCAGUUUAGACGAAGAUCCGCCAGAGUUUAAACACAACAUCGACCUGGCCACCUGUACGAUCGGUUCGAACCGGUUGAGUUUGACAGGCAGUUCCCGGCAUUACAAUAACCAUCAGAACCACCACGACGACUCAUCCUCGCAUCGAAUCAUCACUAUGCUGAAAGAGCAGCUCGAAGAUAUGGAUUCGGGCAGCUUGAGAACGUGUAUGAAUUCAUCCGGCGAGAUUGGUUCGCUUACUGAUCUGCUGAACGAUUUGGAAGAAAUGGAUGAAAUCGAAGGUGACGAUGGAGAAGACAGCCAUGGCGAUGAUCUGGACUCAGAUACCGAUUCCAACGAGGACAACAGCAGUAGUCGAAGCAGUAGCAAAGGUGGCGGCAUACCGGGAGGCUAUACACAUGCCCAUCAUCAAGAAAUGAGCCCCUUGUCGUCAUCAUCCUCCUCCUCCUCAUCGUCAUCGUCGUCGUCAUACGAAUACCAAGGAACUCACGUCGGAGAUCACAGCUAUACGCGGCCCAAAGACCGAUAUCACCUCACCGGACUUGGCGUGCAAACUCCUUCUGAUUCUGAUGAAGAAAUUGACGUCGUAUCGAUAGGCGAAAAGAAUCUACCAACCAAUCCGACACCACGCGACCGACGUGCCCUUCAGAAUCGAGUGGCACACAAGAUAGCCCGCAAGCAGUCCCAGACGGUCACCCCGGCGCAUCAUCACCGCCGUCGCCACUCCGAUGAUGGAUAUGCUACGCAGCAUAGCGCCCCAGCAAGUGCUACCCAGUCCAGUCCGGGCAAGUCCUACGGAUACUCGCCAAACUAUCUCACCCCAGCAUCGUCGACCAGCAUUUCCGGAUCGAACACCCCACUUCCGUGCAGCAGCACCGGAUCCAGCAAUGUGUCUAACUCUCGCAAACGACUUAACAAAGACGAUCGUAACGGUAAAAAUCGCCACCAUCAGCACCGUAGCAAGAAGCAACGUAUCCCCGGAAAGACGAUCGCCCAGCCGGUCGAAUCUUCGGAAGAGUUGGAAACCCUCGAGAAACGGAACCUACACAACGACAUGGAACGUCAGCGGCGAAUUGGACUGAAAAACCUCUUCGAGGAAUUGAAGCGGCAGAUCCCGAACCUACGGGAUAAGGAGCGUGCACCAAAGGUUAACAUUCUCCGUGAAGCGGCUACUCUCUGCACCCGGCUUAACCGCGAACAGGAGCAGCUCAACGCCCUUCGCAAGCAGCAACAGCGAUUGUACGCCCGCGUUCGGCAGCUGAGAACGUCGCUCCACUCGCAUCGACGCGUCGUGGAUUAAACGCCCAGUCGGUAGUUACGGUUUUUGGAAAGGAGAUGAAAACCAAUGUGAUUUCAAAUCGUGUGCUUAACCGCGCGCGACAUGGUGCCAAUACGCGAAUAGGAGAUAGCAAAUAUUUCGUUCGAACGUCGUUAGAGUGAGAGAGAGCGAGGGACUGAGAUAUGUGCGAAGCGAGCUGCUUCGAUGGGAAUAAACGAAAGUAAGAGAACAUGUUUUCUAUUAGGUUUAGUUCGAUGCAUUGAGAAAUUUUUAAGAACUAUUUUUUUGUUGUAACAAAACAUCCAAAAAUUGUUAAUUGUACACACACAACAAUCCAUUAUCGGUAAUAGUUCGACGCAACGCUGAGAGUUGGGCGAGAAUAAUUGGUGAAAGCUGGUAUAGAAGAAGAGAUGAAAAGUUAAACCGAAACGUUGCGAGUGUUUUUUUUUCUGUAUGUCAAAAUUGAGUUUGUGUGCCUCUCCCAGUGCGCUGUUUCCCCUAGAGCAACACGGCGAUCCGAGGACGACGUGUGUGUAAGUACGUAGCAAUCCGAUAAGAUCACAAUCGCAGCAGUUAUCUCACACCAAUUACAUUUCAUUCCCAUCUACCUACACUCUCUGGCCUUGCUAGCCCACUUGUGGCCGUCGAAGGUAAUCCUACCUUACCUUGAUUACAAAUUAUCCUUUUUUUUAUAGUUUUGUCUAUCAUUACCCACUAUUCUUCCAAGGGGAAAACAAAAAGUCAUUUCAAAUACUAUUACAGUUCACUGAUAGAUACUUCCUAACGAAGAAAAAGAUUACAUAUUAUAUAAAUAACUUCAGAAUGAAGCCCUAUUUUAUAUAUAUACUAAAAACAAACGCUUUACAAAUAAACACUUAAAUUAGUACGUUAUAUUU